AUGGCUGAGUCUCAGCAGAGCCAGGGGGACAGCACAGGAGGCACUCACUUCCUCAGAGCUAUCUUGGAGGAUGACCAUGUUGAGACUGCCCAAGAAAGAGCUUCAUCCUCUGGUAUUUCUCUCACACAUGUCACACACAAGGUGCAUUUCAUUGAUUUAGCCAACAAGCAACUGCAAACCAUCUCACCAGAGGUCUCGAGUCAAGAAUAUCUGGAAGAGCUGCACAUGGAAAAUAACCUGAUUGUAAGCAUCCCCAGACACAUCAUUAAGCUGAGGCACAUAAAGGUCCUCUACUUGAAUCAGAAUUGCAUACAGGACAUACAGGAACUGGGAGAGCUGCAAAGUCUUCUGAGCUUAGAUCUAAGUAACAAUCCCCUCUCUUGUACUUCACUGCCAGUUAUCAGCAACUUGCAGUCCCUUCGUAAGCUCAGGCUCCAUAAAACAAACCUACAUGAAAUCCCAGUGCAGAUAUGUAAAAACCUGCAUCAUCUUGAACUGCUUGGCCUUUCUGACAAUAAUAUCAAGUAUCUGCCUAAAGAAACAGUGAACCUGAAAAAUCUCAAGGAAAUUUACCUCCAGAAAAAUAGACUUGAAAGUUUUCCCAAGGAGCUCUGUCAUAUUACUAAUUUAGAAAUAAUAGAUCUGGAACAAAACCUAAUCAGUUUCAUCCCAGAAGAGAUAGGCCUUUUGACAAACUUAGUUAAGCUGUUUUUAGCUUUUAAUAAGCUAUCCUCCAUUCCUCAUACGCUGCAACACUGCCAGAAGCUGGUUGUGCUGGAUCUGUCUCAUAAUCUCCUGGGCAAGCUUCCCCCAGGUUUGGAGAACCUCACUGAAAUGAGAGUAGUCAGCCUGUCUGGAAACCCCCUGAAGAAGUUCCCACGCCAGAUCUGCUGCUGGACGUCCCUGACCCACGUUAACCUGAAGAACACUGGGCUGCGCAGAGUGCCCAGGCCCUUCACCAAGUUAACUGGUGUCAGGGUACUAGAUCUGAGUGAAAACCAUUUUGACGAGAUUCCUCAAGGAAUAUGCAGUAUGAAGAAUCUGGAAGUGCUGGCCCUGGAUGGCAACCAGAUACAAGAGAUACCCGUGGAGGUGGAAGAACUGACAAAUUUGAAGUGCAUUAGCCUGUCUGAAAACCAAUUCAGUGCCUUUCCAAAGGAAAUCUUUCUUCUGAAGUCAUUAGAGAGAUUACACCUGGGACAAGAGAAAGGAAUUAAAUUCACAAGUCUGCCAGAGGACAUCAGGAAAUUGCAGAAUCUGAAAGAACUGUAUGUGGACAAUAAUUGUCUGGAGUACCUGCCUGAAGCCAUCGGCUCAUUGACCUGCUUGAAAAUACUUGACUGUCAAAACAAUCUGCUUAAAAAGCUCCCAAACUCCGUAUGCCGAAUACAAGGUUUGCAAAAACUGCUCCUUCAGAACAAUCAGCUGUCCCAGCUGCCCAAGCAUUUGGACCGUCUUCAACAGCUGGAGCAGCUCCAUUUGGAAGGGAAUUCUAUGAUAGAACCUCCAUCUGAAGUGUGCUCUCAGGGACCAUCUGUCAUCUGGGAAUACUUACAGGAAAAAAGGUUUAAAACUGCCAGGAAAUUACAGGAGAUUGCUGCAGUGUGCUCAGGGCUAAUUGAGCAGUACUUUAUCCCUCAAGCUGCCUCAGGAUUUCUCUAA